GUCAUCGACGUGCGUUCAUGAUGUUGUAACUUGAUUUCCGCGGCUGUAAGAGGGUCACGCUUGUAGUAUAAAGACUUCAUUCAUUUGUUUCAGGCAUAUAAAGGUUAAUCUGUUUUCCUAAAAUCUGAGAAUGAUUCGGACGGCGGUGUGUCGAGUAGGCGGCGGGCUUUUAAAGCAUUCGCGGCAGACUGUACCUGCAUUAUGGGGAACCCGAGCGCAGCAGCGAUGGGCUUCCAGUCUUCCCAUGAACACUGUGGUUCUGUUCGUGCCCCAGCAAGAGGCUUGGGUGGUGGAAAGGAUGGGACGCUUUCACCGAAUCCUGGAACCAGGUCUAAAUUUCUUAAUUCCAAUCCUGGACAGAAUUAGAUAUGUUCAGAGCCUCAAAGAGAUCGUUAUAGAUGUACCAGAGCAGUCAGCUGUUAGUCUUGACAAUGUGACUCUGCAGAUAGAUGGAGUUUUAUACCUCAGGAUUCUUGACCCUUUUAAGGCCUCUUAUGGAGUGGAGGAUCCGGAAUAUGCCGUCACUCAGCUGGCACAGACUACAAUGAGAUCAGAGCUGGGAAAACUCACCCUGGACAAAGUGUUUAGGGAAAGAGAGUCACUGAAUUCCAAUAUUGUGCAUUCAAUAAACCAGGCGUCAGAUGAAUGGGGGAUUCGAUGUCUACGAUAUGAGAUUAAAGACAUUCACGUUCCUCCACGAGUAAAAGAAUCUAUGCAAAUGCAGGUUGAGGCCGAGCGAAGGAAGAGAGCCACUGUUCUGGAGUCGGAGGGAACCAGAGAAUCAGCCAUCAAUGUGGCAGAGGGUCGCAAACAGGCUCAGAUCCUGGCAUCUGAGGGAGAGAAGGCUGAACAGAUUAAUAAAGCUGCAGGUCUUCUGUCUGUUGCUCUUACGUUCUAUAUCUGUGUUGUACAGAACGGAAAUGCUGCAGCAUCUUUAAGUGUAGCUGAACAGUACGUCUCUGCUUUUUCCAAACUGGCCAAAGAGAGCAACACCAUCUUACUGCCCUCAAACACAGGAGACAUCAGUAGCAUGGUCACUCAGGCCAUGACGAUUUACGGGAGUUUAUCGAAGAAUCAAACCCACAACCCAGCAGUCACCACCAUGACCCCUGACACGUUGGAAGAAAAUACAGCAUCUGAAAUGGAAACUGGACACAAAUAACUGGAAUAUAAUCGAGUUGUUGGAUUAAAGUGAUGAAAUUAUACUCUUUUUUUUUUUUUUUUUUUUUUUCCUUUUUUUUUUUCUGUUCCUCAUGGUAGAGAACUCGCAUGAGAAAAUGGAAAUGCUAAAUCCCCGAAGCACUGAUGAUCUGGAGUUACUACACAUGACAGAUUUUAUCCUGCUUUGUUUUGUUUGUGUGUUAUAAUAAAUAUGUGACACUUUUUCUCCUGACCUAAUGUUUGUAUGAAAGCUCAUUUGUCUUUAUUUAAAGCUUUCUUCUAUUUAUGUUUUCAACAAUGACAAUAAUAAACAUCCAGAGCAGCUUCAAA